CAGGCUCUCAGGCCCCAUGGCUGGGAAACUUUUGCUAGCUCUCAUUGCUGACAUCAUUUGGCGACUCCCCAUUGCUAACAUCCCUCGGCCAGGUCCCAUUGAUGGCAUCCUUAGGCGAGUCCCCAUGGCUGACAUCGUUGGAUUGAUUUUAAGAAGUCUGAACGAGGUGCUGGAAAGUAUGGAAAAUGACCACGGAGUUCGACGUGGGGGUGGUUUCUUUAGGAGGAUAAAUACCUUAAAAGUGUAAUUUUCGCUGCUCAUUUUAGGCAAAGUUAUGUAGCUGAGGCUUAUCAGGGACGUGGAGAAAGAAUCAGGAAUGAGCACCAUCGGUCGAUGGCGCGUUUGCUUCACGAGUUAAGAGAAAGCGAUUAUAGGUGUCGUGAGGCAUUACACGAUCCACGACUUCGUUUGGAGUUGGUGGGAAACAGGCGCAUCCGCCGCCGCGCUCAACGUCGCUGGAUUCAAGCAAAAGGCCACUUGGAGUUAUGCAUCCGGAAGUUGAUACGUGAAGCUUUGCUAUAUCAUCUGAUCUGUGAAAUUGAAAAGGAGCACGGUCGCUCAUUUGAAUUUUCCGUUGUGUCUAGAGAAAUCGAUGUAAUAGUGAUCGAAGUGAUGAUUACUCUUUUUCCUUAUUUCUUAUUCAUGGUGACCUCAUGCAUAGAUCUCGUCGGGAGGUUUCAGCAUUACGACGUAUUUCCCGAAAUCCAGGACGGCGACAGACCAAGGAAGUACAGGUUGUAUCGUGGUCUUCGUUUAUUAUAUCUGACAACGGUGAAUUUUGUGUUGGUACUGCUUUGUGAGUUGACACGCUAUGUCAACCAACCGAUAUCCCUCUAUGAUGAAUUCCUGAUGAUGUUCGCCGUUUACUUCUUCAUUUACUCCUUCAUCAUCUUGUUCUCUUUCUCCUGUUACUCAAUGUCCUACUCGUCAUAUUCUUCUUCUUCUUUUUCUCCUGAUUAGCUUUCUUAAACAAAUUCUGCAUCUAAGCAUGGAACAUGAGAUCCUAGAGAUAUCGUGUAAUGAUAUAAGUAAAAAAGCUAGUCACAUCUGCACUAUACCUUCAAAGGACUAGUCAUAGUUGAGGUUUCUUAUAGUUGUUAAUAAAGUCUAGAUCUACCCAGUAUAUACCCGAUGUGGGACUCAUCACACACCCACACAUAUCACACAAUUAAUCAAAUUGGAGUAUCACAUAUUGGAAUGCUGGAUGUGAUUUCUAUAUGUUUUCCCUCCAUUUAGUUAUGCUGUUGGUUUCUACCUCUGAGCUUCUUAUUUGCAUCCAUAAUUGUAUAUGAGCCUCUAGCAUUAUUUUGUCAUAAUAUAUACAUCAA